CAAUGAUGCAAACUCCAAUCCAUAAAGCUAGCCAUUUUUGUUUACAUGCUCAUUUUACUUAAAUUACAGAAACAAUUCCAGAGCUUUGUUGCUACCAGCUGAACUACUAUGAUAUAAAAUUGUGAUGGAAGGUGUCAGAAUGACGAGAACUAUGAAUAUCCAGUUUCUCUUUCUAGGUCACAAGUUCUUGGCUUGACAGGUUGGUCGCUCUCUUCUGAGUAUCAUCUGUAACGCCACGUCAAUCACAGCUGAAGAUGACUACUCAGACAACUAAAGUUGAUGAUGCUCCAGUUCACACAAGGAGUCGUCGGAGGCUCAAUUUUGGCGAGUCUCAGCGCUUCAAGGGAAAGACUUUCUUCCUGGAUCUUGAUAGGUACCCACGGAAAAAGGAAAUAGAGAAAGAGCUGAUCAGCAGAGGAGCCACGGUUGAGGGUUUUCUGGAUUCCAGUGUCAGAUACUUUGUGACUAAUAAGCCAAAAGCUGUCAUAGAGAAAGCCACUAGUGCGAUGACACCAUCAGGGCAAAGCCCUCAGACUCCAUCUACAGGUGGGUUUUCACAGCUAAUGUCACCAUAUAGUAAUCAGUCUUCUAGCAGUACUGAUAAAAGAGCAGUAAAGCCUCGCUAUAACACAAGGGCUCAAAAGAUACUACAGAAAGCUUUGGAGAACAACAGCACAGGGUCUGUGCCUGUGAAUGCAAAUGACAAGCCUGAUAAAGUCCUGACCUUGGCUACCAGCUGGAAAUGCAAGAUAUUGCAUAUAGACACUGUUGAAAGAGAAUUGAAGAAGCUGAGGCCAGUGACAGAUGGUAGUGCCAUUCAAAAGACAGUUGACAAGGCAACUGUGAGGAAGCUACGUCGACCUUUCUUUAAAUUUGAAGACCUUUCUCAUAACUAUCGUCCUGUCAUAUACGAGCCUUCUACCUGGCCAGUCAUUAAUGAGAACUGUCCACCCGAAGCAUCUCCUUUUGAUCCUCCAAGACCUUCCCCUCCUCUCCUUUCUGCUCCACCUAAUAGCUCCAAGCGGACCAACCAUCGCAAGGAAGCUAACACACCAGCCGGUAAUGACAGGAGGUUAGGAUACUGCGAGCCAUGUGGCGUACGGUUUGAAGACAUGGAGAAACAUUUGAGAAGCGCACAGCACCAGGAAUAUGCUAGCAAUCCAAAGAACUUUGAAGAACUUGAUAAACUGAUAUCUGAAUGCUCUGACUUGAAUGAUUUUCUGGCAAAGGUCCUGAAGCAGCGGACCAAUUCAGGGAAAUCAAAAUCAGCAAGUCCUAUCAAGCAGGUGUCACAAGUUGAAAGGAUAUCUCUUGUGUCUCUUCCUUCAAUGGGACACAAGAGUGGUUUGGUUGUUCUUUCUGAUUGCCCAGUGGCCUACCACUCUCCCCAGCUCUCUCCUGGUGUCUGCACUAGACAAAUGAAGAAGAAGCUCAUCGACUCUUCACCCAGUCUCACCCCUAGGAGUAAGAGAUCCAGAACUUUUUAGAACUAGUUUUUUUGCAUUUUUAAAAGUUCUUUGUGUUAUCAUAUUUUAUUCCAUUUAUUGUAUGUGCUCAUGCAGU